UCCUGCAUAGCAACAACUACAACUAUGGCAGAUCAAGAAGAGAGACCUCCUUCAGGUGAAGGCAAGGAAACUUUGGGAGAUGUUGUCACUGAUGCAACUGUGAAAGCUUUACAAGAGUUUGAUUCUGGAGAAAUGGAAGCUGGUAAGGAAGCUGCCCCCUCAUCAUCAAGACCUCCCUCAGGAAAACCAGCCUCUAGGCCCACCUCAGCUAGGCCAGGCUCUAAAGCUGGAUCUAGACCUACAUCAGCCAAACCUAGUUCUCGUCCAACUUCUGCAAGAUCCCCUAAACCAGAGACGGCUGAAAAGCCACCCUCCCAGGCAGGAAGUAGACCCCCCUCUGCUGGCUCAAAGAGGGGGUCAAGGCCACCUAGUGCUACUGAAAAGAAGGGAUCUAGACCCACAAGUGCUGCCGGGAAAAAGGAUUCCAGACCCCCAAGUGCUAGCAAAGGUGGCCGAAAGACAACUCACCGAAUGACAGCAAGAGAACACUAUAAAACUGAUACGACAAGAAAUGAAGGUGCACAGGAAAUGGAAUUUGGAGAGUUGCCACCUGUAGACAAUGGUGAUUUUGGGGGAGAUGGUGGUGAUGAGCCGCCCCAGGAGCCAGAGGAGCCUAGUCAGCCACCACCGCAGGACCUGGUGCCACACCCUGGUCCUGACGGUGGGGAUGGCGGGGGAGACAGCGGGGACGAUGACGAGGAGAUGGAGGAUGAGGAGGGAGUGGAAUCUGACGCAGGAAGUGAAGCAGAAACAGACAUGGUUGUCCUUGACCCAGAUCAUCCCUUGAUGAAAAGAUUCCAAAAUGCCUUGAAAUCUCAUUUGACGUCACAAAAUGAGAAAGUGACCCUGGAACUGAGAGAGUUAACAGAGGCUCUCAGGAAUCGCAGGAAAGAGCGAGAAGAUCUUGGUGUAGAUUUGUACGGAGUUCAGCAGGAGCUAGCCAGGUUCCAGAUGCUGCUGGAGAAAAAUCAUGAUGAAUUUGCAAACCUGAACCAGAAUCGCCAACAGGAGGAGGCUCAGCUGGAAGAUGUGAGAAAUACCUACAAAGAAAACCAGAUCAUUGUCAACAAGGAGAAGAAAAAAUGUGCUGAACUCCAGGGAGAAGUUGAGAAUUUGGCCUUGCGUCUCUUCUAUAUGCAGAAUGCUAAGGAAGAUGUUAGAUCAGACAUUGCCAUAAUGCGGAGAGCUGCCGAAAAGGCAGACACAGAGGUUUCCAGGGCAGAAAUAGAGAAACAAAAACAGGACCUGUUUGUGGACCGACUGGUAGAAAGAGUGGACAAGCUUAAAGAGGAAAUAGCCAUGUUUGAAGCUCAGAUUGCAGCUCAGACAGAGGAAACAAAAGCUGCCAAAGAGGCCCUGAUGGAAGCACAUAUGGAAAUUGAGGCUAUCCAUUUAGAAAAGAAACAAUUGUUCCAGCAGUGGAAUAGUUCUCUGAUUGGUAUGAGGAGGAGAGAUGAGGCACAUUCUGCCAUGCAGGAGGCCCUCAACACACAAGAACAAAAGGUGCUGUCAUUAGAAACAGAAAUUGAAGGCUUCAAGAAAUCCAUUUUCAAAGAACAAGAACAGAAUGAGAAACUUACCCUUAUUUUGAACAAAACAGAGAGAGACAUAGAAACUGUCAAGAAACAGCUGAACCAGUGUCAAGCCAAGCAUGACGCUCUGAAGGCUGAGUAUGCUACCUACACCAGGAUGUUACACGAGACUGAGCAGGCACUGAACCGUGCCGUCACGGAUAAAACUCUAAGACUGAAUGAGUUGAAUGCUUUGAGAAAACAAAUAGAAAGAGAAUACCUGGAGAAAGUGGAACUGGAAGAUCAGAUAAUGGAGAAAAUGAGAAGUCAGCUGACUAUGGACAAGGCUGCACAGUAUACAAAGAAACUGACCGGCAAGCAGCGAGAACUGACCAAGAGUCUGGAAACACAAAUGGCAGAGGUGGAAAACACAAUAUCAAGAGAUAGUUUAGAAAUUUCCAAUGUACAAACUCGUAUAGAGAGACUGGGAAAGAUCCUGGAUCAGUUGGACGAGGAGAUUGCACAGAAGAAUGAAAUCAUCAGUCGCAGUGAACAGGAAAUCGUGAAGAGAAACGCCAUUAUUGAGAGGAAACAGAAUAUCAUUGACCAGUAUAAUAAGAAACUGGAAGUCCUCAUUACUAAAGCUGGGGGUGUUGAGCUGGGUCCUUUGGAGAUCACAAUCAAUUCCCUCCAGAAGUCUAUUGAAGCUCGACAGCAGGAGAUUGCCGAGCUCCAACAGAUGUGGCUCAGACAGCAGAGCGAGCUUGUCCAGCUCACCAAGGACAAAGACAUGCAGUCAGUGGAUGUCCGCAAGCUCAAGAAACAGCUCACCAUUCUGUCUCAGAAGAAGAUCAGAACAGAAGGGGACAUAGAUGAGCAGAGAAGAGAGACGUAUGAAAUUGAGAGAAGCAUCAGCACAAUGCAGAAUGAUAUGAUCAAACUGAACACUCUCCUGAACAAAGAAAAGGGAACUCAUGAUAACCUCCACCAAGACAACAUACUCCUGGAGAAUGAUUUCAUCAUGGCUCUCAAGGAAGCAGAAAGGGAGUCUAUCGAACUCCAGGAAAAUCUGGAUGGAAUAAAAGAAGAAAAAGAGAGACUGCUGAACAGCCUGGUAGAAGCUGAGCGACAGAUCAUGUUAUGGGAGAAGAAAACUCAGCUGGCUCGGGAAACUCGAGCUGCAGUGGACUCGGAAGUUGGACAGGGUGAGAUCAAGGCCAUGAAUGCCGAGAUUCACAGAAUGCAGGUCAGAUACACUCAGCUGAUGAAACAACAGGAGAAAAUGAUCCAGGAGAUGGAAAAGGCUGUAUCCAGGAGAGAUACCAUUGUCACCAGAGGGGAUGCCCAACAGAAGAUAAAUAAGAAGGUGCUUACAAAGGGGACAUUUGAACGUCAAAUGGGAGAGCUUAGAAAGAAGGUCAAGGUCACAAUCCAGGAAGCCAAUGGGUGCGAUGAUGAGAUUCAGGAGCUGCGUGCCCACCAGGUGGAGCUAAGUCAACAGUUGGAGGAUAGACAGGUGCACGUCCAGCAUUUACAGAGUCAGUCCGAUACGCUGGACGGAGACAUCGAGAGGCUGUUUGAAAACAAGCAGAAGAAUAUGUCUGAGUUGCUAAGUAAACAACAGAAAUCCAAGUAUUUCCAACAAGCCAAGGAUGGGAAAUAUGUAAUGCUCUGCAAAUCUGAGUCAUCUCUAGAGAACGAAAGUACUAAACAAGUGGACAGAAUGCAGGCAUUGAGCGCCAUCGUGGAUCGCUUGAACCAGGAAUUUCCUCAUGUGCAGAUGGCCCUACGACGGGUCACCCUUUCUCUGUCAACAAGGACAGAACAGGCUCAGGACUAGAAAAAAUAAUCUCUGUAACAAAAUAAUUAUGAAGAUAAAGUCUGAAUAUUUAUGGAAAAAGUAUGAGUUCCAUCCCAAGUUUUUUUCUCCUUUUAAACACUAUUUUUUAUUUUAAUAUGAUCAUUCCAAGUAUAACAAUGACUGUGAUAAUUUCUUUAGACUGAAGUUUAUGUAUAAAUUUGUGAAAAUGCUGUCAUUUACACUGUGUUAUAAUAAAUG